UGCGCUUGCGCACAGACGCCGUGGGUCAGUGGCGCUGACAUGGUGUCCACGGCGAGACCGGCCGGGGUUCUCAGGCCGCUGUUCCGCGUCUGCGCUGCUGCUUUCGCCUUGCAGUCAUGCUGGCUGAUGGGCCGGGUGGACGGCCUGCUCGAAGGCCUCUACUGCGGCACCGUCUCCUGCUACGAUGUGCUGGACGUACCCAGAGAGGCCAGUAAAGGCGAGAUCGCCCGCGCCUAUCGACAGCUGGCCCGGCGCUAUCACCCCGACCGCUAUCGGCCGAGCGAGGCCCAGGAGGAUCCGGAGGAGAAGUUCCGACUGGUUGCCACCGCCUACGAGACACUGAAGGAUGACGAAGCCCGGAAGGAUUACGACUACAUGCUCGAUCAUCCUGAUGAAUUCUACAGACACUACUAUCAUUAUUACAGGAGAAGGCUGGCACCCAAAGUGGACGUCAGGAUAGUUAUAAUCGUCACAGUCUGUGCCAUUUCACUCUUUCAGUACUACAGCUGGUGGAGCAGUUACACAGAAGCCAUUAAUUACCUCACCACGGUGCCAAAGUAUAGAAUCCAGGCAACAGAAAUUGCUAAACAGCAAGGUCUACUUAAUAAAACUAAAGAGAAAGGAAAAAACAGACGCACUAAAGAAGAAAUCAAAGAGGAGGAGGAGGAAAUCAUUAAAGACAUUAUCAAAAACAACAUUGAUAUUAAAGGAGGUUAUCAAAAGCCAAGGUUAUAUGAUAUACUCCUGUUCCAAAUCAUUUUGGCUCCUUAUUAUAUCUGUAGGUAUAUCAUCUGGUACUGCAGAUGGAUCUAUCGCUUUCACAUUUUAAGAGAAGAAUAUGGAGAAGAAGAGAAGUUGUACAUUAUCCGAAGAAACAUGAAUAUGUCACAAGGCCAGUUUGAUAGUCUUGAAGAUCAUCAAAAAGAGAUGUUUCUUGAGAGGAAACUGUGGUUAAAGGAGAACUUUGAGGUUUAUAAGCAGGAACAAGAGAAGAACUUAAAGAAAGUAGCCUCAGAUCCACGGUGGAAACGAUAUCGUCGGUGGAUGAAAAAUGAGGGCCCAGGGAGGUUAACCUUCAUAGAUGACUAAAUACCUCUGCCUUUCACCGUUGUUUAUAAUGUCCUUUUCUACAAAAGAAAGUCUAUUUUGAUAGCAGUAUAUGAAUAUCUUUCAUUAAUAGCUCAGGAUUCAGUUUAUACAAUGGAUUUGCAGUCCUAAUACAACUUGGGCUCUUUCAAAACAAAAGUGUUCUGAAAUAUUAGUGGAAAUGUGCACUGAUAUUUAAUGGAGAGUCUCAUUACAUUAUUUCUGCUCAGAUUAUAUUUUUGAACUGGGUGAAUGGACAGGUUUUUGUUUUACAAAAAAAGUACUGGUUCCUUAUUUACUUAUAGAUAUAUUAAUAUAUAGGCAAGAUGAAAAUUGCAUUGUCAAGACUUAGUUAAGUCAUUGAUCCUUGGUCAUUGUAGAAUUUGUAGUUGUAAAUUAAACAUAGCUUGAAAUUUUAAAAAAAAGUCAAAAUGUGAGAUUUAAACAUUUAAAGGUUAUUAGCUUUCUGGAUGGAAUUUUACAUGAUAGAUGUUCCAGAUGAAUGGCAGACAUCUUGGUGUGCCUGCAAGUUAGAACUAAGAUUGUAUAUUAAAUUUUCAGCUGCUCAGUUGCAUGCACUAGGUUUGUAAACACAUGCUGGAUUACAGUUUAUAUUUAUUGCUUGUAUUCCUGUUGUACUUUUCACAUCUGGAUGAAAUCAUUUUAUUUUUAGUUCUCUAAAUCAACAAGUCUUAAUAUCUUUCAACAUUUUCUUUGGCAAGAGUUUCUGCAUUUGAUGGAGUAACUGGAGUUCUCUUUGCUUGUAUCUUGGGAACAAUUUUGAUAAGAUUUACUUCGUGAUUCGAUAAAGACUUCCUCUGAAUUGGACAUUUUCAGAAGGCAAUGGCUACUGUUUAAUACCCAGCUAUUAAACUUACUGUUUUGCUAUGUACUUAAUGUCUCUUUCUACCUGUUGAAGUAUUUUGAAGUGCAUCUUCAGUUUGCUUUUGGUAUACAUCCUCAGUUUGACAUUUCAAUAUAUUUUAGCAAAGUUUCAGAUUAAUUGAAUAUAGGAAUUAACUUGUUCUUUAGUAUGAAGCUGUGAACCCAAAUGUUAUGUGGCUUUCAUUGUGAAAAUACAGAUUGCCCAAUUCAUAAACCCAAGCACAGCUAAUUAUAUUUUCUUUAUGAAGAAAGGGCUUAAUUCUAGCUGCACUGUACAAAACUAAUACCUCCAAAAGCAGCCUUGAAGUGAUAGAUUUGGAACAGUUAGCCACAAACUAGUUUUCUAUAAAAUGUGAGCUUUUGUGAAUAUUCUUAAAAUAAUGAUAUCAGUAGAUUAUUUCAAUGUGUCCCAACUGUAUAUUUGGGUUAAGAUUUUUUUCCCCUUGAUACACCCAUUGGGAUUAGGCUAAAUUGGAUGAAAAAGUAACAUUUUAUUCCGUUGUCCAUUCUAUAGCACAUAACUUAAACAUUUUUCGCAAACCCAAUAGCAUUGCAUGAGUUUUUCCAUUUGUCCGUAACUUUCUAGUCAUUCUAGAUUUGGAAUACAAGAUGUCAAAAUCUUAACUGAUUUUUUAAAAUUAAUUUAAAAUACAAAGAAUUGGAAACUUGAGAUUCUUUUUGCAGUUUUAAAAAUAAUUAAACCUUUUUUUUUCCCAUUUCAAAUCUUUAUUUGGAGUAAAUAUUUGCAUGCAAAUAAAUAUACCAAAAAAAAUUGGUUCUUUAUUCACUAAGUAAUUUUUCCUUAGUAAACUGUCUCUAGGAUAUGAAUGUAUUGUUAAUGUAGAAAACACCAGUUCACAAAAGAUGUCCCAAUGGUUUCAUACUAGAAAAUAGUGAGUGGCAACCUCAAGGCUGAGAUUUGAUGAUUAUAGUAAAUGGUCUUACUGAUGUAAUGAUUUUACUAGAGUAAAAUGCCUAGACACCAGAUAGUCAAGAGGUGGCCAAAGGGUUGGUCAGAGGUUGCUUCCAUGUCAUAUGUAAAUAAAAAUACAGGACUUCACAAGAUACAUUUUGUUUUAAGGAAUAAUCGCAAGUGUAUGAGAAAAUUACAGGUUCAGUCCCCAGUCUUUGUAGUAGCUUUAUCAACUGAGGUUUAUUAUCAUCUAUCACUAAUACGGUUCUGGGCUAGAGAAGAGCACAUCAAGUGAGGGUUCUGCUUGUGUUUAUUAAUUGCACAUGAAUAGUGACCACCUGAGCUUUAAAGGCCAGACCAGCUUUAAGGCCAGACCAACUUUAAAUCUUUCAAUCAAUUGUUUGGUCAUUGCCAAAUUGCUUAUGGAUGCUGUAAACAUAUCAUCUACAACUGCACUGCAAAAAUGCUUCCUAAAGGAUUUUGUGAGCUGAGAAGGAAGAUGCUUUCUAAACUCAAGUUUUGUUUUAACCACCACAGCAAGGCAUCAAUGCCUAAAGUUGGAGGAAAAAGAAAACUAAUAAGAAUAACAUAACCUGGUCUUUGUUCUGAGGCUGCAAAACAUUCAAUAUGUUUGGGGAAAAUCUUCAAGAUGUGUCCUUGGAAGAGUAUUUGCCUGCUUUCUAACCUUUUAUUGUUGUAAAGUAGUGAUCUCAUUGCUAUUGCUAGUUUUUAAAUGCAUAUGUGUGCUUAUGAUGCUAAUCAGGGUUUGGAAAACAGUUCCAGAAUGAGUUCAAAUUUGAAUCAUCCUCUCUUCCCCCUUUUUAAAUCUGUUCUGAAUGUAAUUAACUUUUUCUCCACUUCAUUCAUUUUGAUUACAGAAUUACUGCCAAAAUAUAUCAUAAUGAAGUAAGAGAAGUGUCAUGGUUGAUGUUUAUUAAAAUAUUAAAUUACCACACUAUCCAAAGUUACUUUUUUCUGGUGAAUAAUAAAGAACCUUGAAUUUAAAGUACAUUAUUUGAA